AAAAAGGAGUGAUGUCAAACAGCAGCAGACUCUCUGACAAACUCAGCUGUCUUAUAAACAGCGUAUUGAACUCCCGAGAGCCAUCAGAAGAGGAUAAACCGAAGCCAGCGAUGUAACCAUUCUGCAGAGGUCGUGGAAGAAGCUCGGAAUGACUACAUCUGCGAAUACCACGAACGCAUCGCAGCUCUUCAGCCCAUUGCACCUGCAUAUUAUCAGAGGACAUAUGAAAGGGAAGUUUGCCUCUCGGAUCCGAUCAUUUUCAUGUGACUACUGCAAAUCUGUUUGAAUGCGAGAGAUCGAGUAUCUGGACUAAGACCACAGUACAUUCAUGCCAUUUUUGGGCACGGGCGUCGAUCGCAGAAAAGAGGAUGUUUCUUUUGUUUAAUUGUUCUUGAUCGUUCUUAUUUUGAUUAGAGAUGGCUCCGCAUCUCUGUUUUCUCCACUGGUUCCGAUGGCUUCAGUAGGACGAUGUUAGCCUAAUGUGGGUGGACCUUGGCGCAUCUCCAACGGAUAUUUUUUAGGGGGGCUGGAGGAUCGGACUAUUUACUACUGCUUUGUAGUGCUUUUUCCAUAUCUCCACCAGCGGACAUUUUUAUUAACAAAAUCAGAGAUAUUCUACUUUCCUUUGUCAGGAUAUAAUGGCCGAGGACACUGCUUUAGACAGGCUGAGCACUGCAGCUGCGAUUGGGGAUCUGAUGGAAGUUGAGCAGACACUUCAAAGCAACGUGAACGUUAACGAGAAGAAUAAAUAUGGCAGGACAGCACUGCAGGUGAUGAAACUUGGCUGCCCGAGCAUCGCGGAGACCCUUUUACAAGCUGGCGCAGACCCAAACGUGCGCGACCCCAUACUAGGACUGACCGUCAUCCACGAUGCAGCGCGUGACGGAUAUCUGGACACCCUGCACGUGCUCGCGCAGAACGGUGCUGAUGUCAAUCUCCUAGACAACGACGGCAACCUGCCUCUGCAUCUGGCGGCGCGCGAAGGACACUUGGAUGUCGUGCAGUUUCUCGUAACGCAUUGCGUGACGCAGCCUUUUCUGGCUAACGCAAAAGGGUACACACCUCGUGACCUGGCGUUUAUGCACCAAAAACACAGAACUGUGGAGUGGUUGGAGAGCAUUGCGUCUUUACAAUCCAGCCAGAGAUUGUGACUGUGGGCCUGCGUGUAGCAGAGGUAGCGGAUCAAUGCUGAAUUAGCGCUUUAUUGCAAUUGCAGAAUAUUCAGCCAACUACCUCUUAUUGCAGUGUAAAAUAUUGGGCUCAGGGGCUUGUUUGUUUGUUUGUUUGUUUGUUUUUGUGGGUGAAGAAUAAUUAACAUUUCCGAUGACUUAUGGCUCUUAACUUUUUUUUUUGUCAACGGGAUAUUUUUCAGGUCACCUCCAUUUUAGAUUUGUAUAUAGCAUACGUUUCUCUAACUUUCGAGCUCAUGUUUGUUCUAUGGGUGCUGUUUCAUAACAAACACAAAAAAUUAAAUGUAGAUUAAUUGAGAUUGUCAAAAACAAAGUAAUUGCACUAUAUAAAAUCAGCACCCUGCCAUGAGUUUUGCUGUGUUUAGUUUUGUCACAGUCAACUUGCACUUUUGCUUGUAAUUAAUGCCUUUUUAACUGUUGUUUAACUGUGAAGGAUUGUCUUUUUAUCGCUUUUGAAAAUAUUAAAAUCUUGCCAAAUAACCAAAGACAACUGUUGAAACGGUUUCAGUAUGUGUUUAACUCUGGCCUUGUGUCACUGGAAUUCGGGUGGGCCUAAAACACCUUUAUGUGACUAUUAAAAUAUUUGAAUUUGA